AUGGUCCGUGGGGACCUUCAAGAUAUAGUGGAAACCCGAUGGGUAAGAGAGAAGAUGAAGUGGGCCAGCGCAGUACUUCAGCAACGUCAGAUUUCAUUCCACUUUAAGGUAAACAAACUCAACGUCAAUAUUAAUGGCAGAUGGACGUAUACCGCUUUUGGCUACAUCUUUAAGGAAAUCACAUCGACCUGGCUAGUGGGUUCUAUAAAGAGUUGUGUCUUGUCCAUUAGGACAAAAAACAACGGCAACGACGGCAAGUACAGAAUGAAGAUGCUGAGUGAUAGUGAUGCUGCACUUUGUGUUCUCAUCUUUUUCACCAAUAAUAUUAGAAAUGCUGUCCACUCUUCACUUAUAUCCGAGCCACUCACCCAUGUCGUACCGCGCACAUGGGAGAACCUGUGCAUGAACAGCGACGUGAAGAGAAGUACAAAUAUCCUUCACAGAAUAAUAGAGGAAGAAGCAAAAAAUAACAGAGAGCCCAGUAGAGGGAUGCAAGAGCAGAAGAAAGAAGAAUAUAAUUUGCAUCUGAUUAUUUGGGCUGGGGCCUUGACUGUUUUGAAAGAAGCACAGUUGAGUAAUCCACGUACAGUCCUGCUUGCGCUUACGUAG